AUGGCCCUCUCCGUGCGCACGGCCGGCGGAUCCCGGCAGUUCUCUUCUCGGAGUGGGCUUGGCGGGGGAUCCCUGAGAAUGUCCAGCUCUGGUGGUGGAGGAGGCUUUGGCGGCAGCGGACUUGGGUUUGGUGGUGGAGCCAGUGGAGGCUUUGGUGCUGCUUCUGUGCUUGGCUCCAGCUCUGGCUUCGGCGGGGGUUUGGGGGGCAGCUCAGGAGGAGGCUUUGGGAGCAGCUUAAGCAGUGCAUUUGGCGCAGGCUUUGGCAGUGGCUUGGGAAGUGGUUUUGGCAGCAGCUCAGGCGCUGGUUUUGGAAGUGGUUUUGGCAGCGGCUCGGGACCCGGGUUUGGAGGUGGCUUUGCUAGUGGCUCUGGAUCUGGUUUUGGAGGUGGAUUUGCCACUGUUGGUGCUGGAGAUGGUGGCCUUCUUUCUGGCUCAAAAAAAGAAACCAUGCAGAACCUCAAUGACCGUCUGGCUGCUUAUUUGGACAAAGUACGAUCUCUGGAGGACUCCAAUACUGAGUUGGAGCGCAAAAUCCGCGAGUGGUAUGAGAAAAAUGGCCCUGGCACUGGUAUCCCUGGACCUGGGAAUGACUACAGUAAAUAUUAUCCUAUCAUUGAAGAUCUUCGAAACAAGAUCAUUAAUGCAACUAUCGACAAUGCAAGAAUCAUUUUGCAGAUCGAUAACGCUAGACUGGCUGCUGAUGACUUCAGACUGAAAUAUGAGAACGAAGUGGCUCUUCACCAGAGUGUGGAAGCUGACAUCAAUGGUCUGCGCAGAGUUCUUGAUGAGCUGACCUUAACAAGAGCCGAUUUGGAGAUGCAGAUUGAAAGCCUGAAUGAAGAACUGGCUUAUCUCAAGAAAAAUCAUGAAGAGGAGCUUCAGGGCAUCCAAAGCAGUACAAUUGGCCAAGUCAGUGUUGAAAUGGAUGCGGCUCCAGGAACUGACCUGACCAAGCUUCUGAAUGACAUGAGGGGACAGUAUGAAGUCAUUGCUGAGCAAAAUCGCAAAGAAGCUGAAGCAUGGUUCAAUGAAAAGAGUGGGGAGCUGAAAAGGGAAAUCUCUACCAACACUGAGCAGCUUCAGUCAGGAAUUUACUUAAAACGGACUCUCCAGAGCCUGGAGAUCGAACUUCAAUCUCAGUUUGCCAUGAAAAAAUCCCUUGAAGACACUUUAGCAGAAACGGAAGGAGGUUACUGUGCUCAGCUUUCACAAAUGCAACUUCAGAUCGGGAAUCUGGAGUCUCAGCUGUUUCAGGUCAGAGCCGAUAUGGAGCGCCAGAACGCUGAGUAUCAGCAACUUCUGGACAUCAAGACUCGCCUAGAAAUGGAGAUUGAAACCUAUCGUCGCUUGCUGGAUGGCGAGUUUGUGAGCGCAGGACAGGGAGCUACAUUUGAAAGCUCAUCUUUGACAGGAUCCAAAUCACAAACACAGUCACUGGAUUCUUCUCAGGAUCCUACCAAAACUAGAAAGAUCAAGACAAUCGUUGAAGAAGUGGUAGACGGAAAGGUUGUUGCAUCCCACGUUAAGGAAGUUGAAGAGAAGAUAUAA